AUGGCCAAAGCAAACGCUGUCGGAAUCGAUCUCGGAACCACCUAUUCAUGUGUCGGAGUCUUCAUGCACGGCAAGGUGGAAAUCAUUGCCAAUGAUCAAGGAAACCGAACUACUCCCUCGUACGUGGCUUUCACGGAGUCGGAACGUUUGAUCGGUGAUGCCGCCAAGAACCAAGUGGCGAUGAACCCGCACAACACUGUUUUUGAUGCAAAACGUCUCAUCGGCCGCAAAUUCGAGGACUCAACUGUGCAAUCGGACAUGAAACAUUGGCCCUUCAAAGUCGUGUCAGCCGAAGCCGGAAAGCCAAAGAUUGAAGUCGAGUACAAAGGAGAGAACAAGACGUUCACGCCAGAGGAAAUCUCAUCAAUGGUGCUCAUCAAGAUGAAAGAAACUGCCGAAGCCUUCCUUGGACAAACAGUCAAGGAUGCUGUCGUCACUGUGCCUGCUUAUUUCAAUGACUCUCAACGACAGGCUACCAAGGAUGCAGGCGCUAUCGCCGGAUUGAACGUUCUCCGAAUCAUCAAUGAGCCCACUGCUGCCGCAAUUGCUUACGGAUUGGACAAGAAAGCCGCCGGCGAGCGAAACGUACUCAUUUUCGAUCUUGGUGGCGGCACCUUCGAUGUCUCGAUCUUGACAAUUGAAGAUGGAAUCUUUGAAGUCAAAUCUACUGCUGGAGACACUCAUCUUGGAGGAGAGGACUUUGACAACCGAAUGGUCAAUCACUUCAUUGCCGAAUUCAAGCGAAAGCACAAGAAGGAUCUCGCCACGAACCCUAGGGCUCUCCGUCGUCUCCGUACCGCGUGUGAGCGAGCAAAGAGAACCCUCUCUUCGUCAUCGCAAGCUUCAAUUGAGAUCGACUCGCUCUUCGAGGGAAUUGACUUCUACACAAACGUUACUCGUGCACGCUUUGAAGAGCUCUGCGCCGACCUCUUCCGUUCUACCAUGGACCCUGUUGAGAAGUCUCUCCGUGAUGCUAAGAUGGACAAGUCAUCUGUUCACGAUAUUGUCUUGGUUGGAGGAUCGACUCGUAUUCCAAAGGUUCAAAAGCUUCUCUCUGACUUCUUCUCUGGCAAGGAACUCAACAAAUCGAUCAACCCCGAUGAAGCUGUCGCUUAUGGAGCUGCUGUUCAGGCUGCCAUUCUUUCCGGAGACAAGUCUGAAACCGUGCAAGAUCUUCUCCUCCUUGACGUUGCCCCUCUCUCUUUGGGAAUCGAGACUGCCGGAGGAGUGAUGACGGCUCUCAUCAAGAGAAAUACCACUAUUCCAACCAAGACCUCGCAAACCUUCACAACUUAUGCUGACAACCAGCCUGGAGUGCUCAUUCAGGUGUAUGAAGGAGAGCGUGCAAUGACCAAGGACAACAACUUGCUUGGAAAGUUUGAGCUCUCAGGAAUCCCACCUGCACCUCGCGGUGUGCCUCAGAUUGAGGUCACUUUUGACAUCGACGCUAAUGGAAUCCUUAACGUCUCGGCUACGGACAAGUCAACCGGAAAGGCCAACAAGAUUACCAUCACUAAUGAUAAAGGACGUUUGUCAAAGGAAGAAAUCGAGCGAAUGGUGGAAGAAGCUGAGAAAUACAAGGCUGAUGAUGACGUACAAAAGGAGCGUAUUGGAGCCAAGAAUGGACUCGAAUCGUAUGCUUUCAACAUGAAACAAACAAUCGACGAUGAACAACUGAAAUCGAAGCUCUCCGCAGAGGAUCGCCAAAAGAUCGAGUCAAAGUGCGAUGAGGUGUUGAAAUGGCUCGACUCCAACCAAACAGCUGAGAAGGACGAAUUUGAACAUCAACAAAAAGAACUCGAGUCCGUCUGCAAUCCUAUUAUCACACGCCUUUAUCAACAAGCUGGUGGAGCGCCAGGAGGUGCCCCAGGAGGAGCCCCCGGAGGUGCAUCUGGAGCUGGAGGACCAACCAUCGAAGAGGUCGAC